AUGAAAUCGAAAUAAUAUGUAUCGUAAAUAUUAGAUUUGGAUGAGUACAAAUAAUAGAUAAAGUAGUUAUUAGAUAAGAAUGUAAGCAAUGAAUUUAAUAAGUAGGAGAGAUUAACUUAAAAGAAUUAUGAUUUAAUUCGUGAAAUAACACAUUACUAAAUACAAAUAAGAGAUAAAGACAAAUAAAUUGAGUAAUUGAGAAAAGAGAAUGGUUCAUUACGUUUUGAAUUAUAAGUACUUCUUGUUAAAAAUCAAAGUUAGCUUUGAAAUAAGAAGAAUUAUAUAGUGCAGUAUCAUUGGAUAGAUAUAAAAAGGUGACUUAGACUAUUUAACCAUAAAGUAGUUAGAAUGUUUAUGUAUAUAGGAAAACGCAUCUUUGAGACUAAAAAGACUACUUUACAUAUGAAUUAUUUAAGUCCAAAAAAAUGUAAUAAUGAACAAGAUGAAGUCAUCAGUCCUGAAGUUGUAGAAUUUAGAAAAUAUAGUGAAGAUGAAUUACAUUAAGUUGUUGUCUAAGAAAUCUAAGUGUAAGAAUAUAAUUAUGGAAAUACAUCUAAAGUUGAUCAAAUUAUACAAAAAUAUUCAAAAAAUAAAUUAGAAUAAUGUAAAGGUGAGGAAUCUAAUUUUAGUUCAUAGUAAUUAUUUUAAGAGCCUGGAGCUAUUGAAGAAGAAUAAUUAUCUUAAUCCUCGCAUUCAUAUUAAUAAUAAUAAUAUACAGAAUCAUAAUCCUUAUAAUAAUAAUAAUAUUCAUCAAUAUAAUAAUAAUAAGAAUAAUUAUAAACUCUAUAAAAUACAUUAUUUGAAGAGUUUAUCAUUAUUAGUGUCUCUAAAUCAACAUUAAAUGGAUUAACUAAUAAUAAUAUCUUAGAAACAAGAGAAGUUAAUUUAAAGCCAGAGAUUUUAUUUUAGCAUUCAUCUGCUUCUUCAUGUUACAAAGAAUAAUUAUUAUUAUUACCCUAAUAAAUAUAUCCAUAUGGACUUAAAGUUAAAUUAGAAGAGAAAACUCUAUCUAUGAGUAAUUUGAAUUCGUAAAUUAUUAUCUUAUAUUUAGAAUUUUAAUGGGUGGUUAAAGUUAUGAUAGAUUAGCAGGAGCUUAUGUAAUUACUAUGAAAUCAGAAUAAACAUUCAAUAGCAAUCAUUUUAAUAACAAUACAAUCUUAAAAAAUCCAGAUAAUAUAAGUGAUUUGAUCUCUAUAACUAAUGUUCAUCAUUAAUUAUAUUGUGUUUGUGUUGAUGUACCUGAUUUCUAUGAUUAUAAUAUUUGUAACACCAACUCCAAAUUAAAAAAGAAAUUCUUUUAUUCACUUUCUAAAACAUAUUGCUUUAUUACAAAAGCUCCUAUCAUUGAUUUCUUUAUUGAAAUCAUCAAAAUUAUUAUAAGUAUUAACUUAUUUCUUAUUUUAUAAUAGAUACAUUAAAAUAUAAAAAAGCAGAGAUCUAUUCAAUGGUUUCUGAAUUUGAAGAAACUUUAGGAAAUAUUGAUAACUCAUUUUAUACUGUAAAUAUAUAUUUUAGAGAAAUAGUCAUUCAAACCAGAACUAUUCAAUUUUUUAACAUAAUUAUAGAAUUCAAAAUUGUUUAGUGAAUGCAAUUAUUAAUUUUUAUAAACUCCAAUAAAACCAUUUAUAAUUAACUGUUAGAAUGUUGAAAAUUAUGAAAUAGAAUGGGCUAUAUCAUAUGCAUUUUCUCAUUUGGAAUUAUCCAAUUAUUUAAUUCUAUUAAUUAAUAUGAUGUUAGAAUAGAAUAUUUGUAUAAUAAGUAGUAACCGUACUCUUUUAAGUUCAUUACUGUAAUAAUUUAUCUAAAUUAAAUAGGAUGAUACUACCACAUAUUAUUAAACCUUUUUAACAUAUUCAUCCUACCAUUUAUGCUUUAACAGCUUAAUUAAUGCCCAUUCUUGAUUCUCCUGUUCCAUUUAUUUGUGGAAUGGUCAAAGAAUCAGAAAAUGGAUUACUUAAUUUAGGUAUUGAAGAUGAUGAUUCUUUUUAUGAUGAACAAUCUCAAGUAUUAUUCUUUGAUGCAAAUAAACUUAAAUUUUAUAAUUUGACUAAUAAUUUAACAGAAUCUAAAAUGUACACUACUUUAUUUUAUAAACUAUUUCAAACUUAUUAAUAAAUACGUCAAUAAAGUGUUCCUGGAUAUUAUUUAGCAGAUAAUAAUGAAGCAACUAUGAAUUUGAGUUUUAAAAUUUUAGAGAAUACUAAGACCUACAUUUAAGAAAAUAUACUUUCUUUAAUUCCAGAAAUUGAUGGAGAAAUCAACCUUGAUCAAAUAUAAGAGUAAAUAGUUAAUUCAACUGAAGAUGAAAUUUUCAAAUCAAUAAUUAAAACUUAAUAUUUCUCUUACUACAUCUAACAGAAAUUCCAUCCUUUAUGA